AUGGCUUUGACAAGGGAGAGCGUGAUAAAGAAGCUGAAUGGCGAGCUGAGGAAAAUGUUUCUGCCAGGUGACCUGGCAGAUCCGAAGUCUGGCACGCAUGUUCUGGAUUACUUUGUGGCAUUGGACCGUGUGGCAUGGGUGCAGAGCAUGCAAGAUCUCCGUGGCCGUCUGCAGACACUCGGCUGGAUGCAAGAGCCCGAGGUGACGCAUGUGCCACAGCCAACUGCAGCUGUGGAUUUCAUGGCCAACAUCACAAUGCUGAACUUGAAUCCUAUGCGCGGCAAGCCAAAGGUUGUGAAUGUCAUUGAAACGGUCCGUAAUUUUCUUGACCAGAAAUUCGAAUCCUUGCGAAGCCCCCUGGUUGUGGUCCCGGACACAGGACUGGGGCAGCCAGUUGGCACUGGGACAUGGACUGUCUCAGUUGGCAUGACCCGAGCACUUGCUUGCCGCCUCGUCUGCAGCCUUGCGGAGCAGCACCUUGCGGACGAGGAGUUGCAGUUGCUGAAGGCAGAAGUUUCUGCCUGUUUUCAGUUCAAGUGUGUCAUGGAGGUGCCGGUGCCGCCAGAGGAACUUCUGGCCAAGAGCAUCCGAGCCAAAUUCGUGGUCUCGGAGUCGACAAGGCCAGACAUUCUUCAGUUGUACUCUGGGCUACAGGCCAGCUUCGCGACGCAAGGAUUGGUGUAUCAAGAUGCCAUUGCGGCGUUUGUUGCCGAUUUCAAUGCCAAGAGCAGUGUGGACACCUCACGCCUGAGCGAAGGGGAAGUCAAGAUGCUUCUGCUGCUGCCAAGCCAGGAGGCUCUCUUCUUGGAGGCGCUGUCUGGCCACUGGGACCAGUUUAAGAAGGAGGACUCGGGGAUCACGAUGCGCAUGCUGCUCAGCAACGUGAACCGCACGAAGCCCAAAGAUGCGAGAGUCCCACUCCUCUGGCAAACAAUCUUUGCUCCGAGCGCCAGGAAGAACACGUACUUCAUCCUUCGGCAGAUAGCUGUCUUUGUGAAAGCUGUGCAGCAGGCCAGCAGCACCCUGAGGAAGGGCCAGAGCCUGAAUCUGCGGGCACGCUUUCGUGACCAGAGCCCAGACAUUGGCUAUGACAUUGUCUGCUGCUGGGCGCACUGGGAGCAGGACUUCCGGACGGCCUUGGGAGGCAAGUACGAUGAGACCUUCAACAAGUUCCUUGGCGGAGCCUUUGACAAGGAGUUCACUGAGAAGGUGAAGACUCAGGACGGGGGCCUUGUCCUGGACGAUUGGCGUUUCCUCAGUAUCUUGCAGGGAACGCAGACAACGGUGCGGAGCUUGGAGGUGAAACAAGCUGAAGCUGAUCAAGCAGCUGAGCGUGCAAAGUAUGCCGCACGGGAGGCCGCUGUCCUGAAAGAGCAGCAGCUCUUUCAGGAGUACUGUGGGAAAGUGAGGGCACAUGAAGCAAAGAGGCAAGCUGACGAGCGGGCCUUCAGGCUGGAGGAUGCGGCAGGUUUUGACAAGGCCUGUGCACAGUACAUGGAAGCCUGGGUGCUAGCGGUUGGUCCCAUUGCUCCAGAGUUCGUCACUGCGCAGUCCCGCAAGCUCCUCAAUGAGUUUGCUGUGAGGCAAGGCGUCCAGCCCGAUGGUGUGGUCAGCCUGCUUCUUGCUGAUCUCACGAAACUGGGGUCGGCAUUCUCCAAGCAUCUCACAAAUGUCACCAAAUUCGUGGCGGACCACGUGCAAGCGGACCCCGUGAAUGCAGCAGCUUUGGUGUUUCCACCAAACACUGGCUGUUGGGGCUCCACCUUCAGCGAAGUGGAGGUCGACAAGGCGUUGGGCGAC